AUGUUUUCGUUUAGUGAUCCGGAUGACCGACUUUUGAGAAGAUACGGUGAGGUUCGAGGCACGACUUUUGCAUGGCGUGUUCAGCUUGCAGGUACUAUAGAAACGGAUUCAUUAGAGGUCUGUUCGGAAGGACGAGAGUUUGUAAUGCGUAAGCAGGAAGGUGGUCAAUGGGGCCGUUUAAGCAGCUCAACAACGUCGAUAAGAUCUGGUAAUUACACCACGCCACGUAACUAUGGCUCGAGUCUGAGUUCCUAUCGAUAUUCGGCCUCUUCAUAUACACCGUCGUCGCGUCCUCCUCCGGCGCCAUCUACGACUGCUUCAGAUGCUACUAGAGGUGAGUCCAUUCUUCGUCGGAUAUUACAAUAG